AUGCUCAAGAAAAGCUGGCACCUUGUAACGAUUUUUGUUUCUUCCUAUGUUUCUACUCUGUGGUACUAUUCGGAAAAAAACGUAGAAUCUCCACUCUAUUCCAAGGUUGUCAUGCCUCUUAUUCAUAAAUUGGAUGCUGAAAAUGCUCAAAAUUUGAUGAAAUUCAUGUUGAAAUGGGGACUUGGUCCGAAAGCAAAACCAGAUUUAUAUGAUGGAUCAAAUCCCAAUGCUCCUGAUCUUGUUUCCUCUCAGUUAAAUUUACUGACACAAGUAUUGGGCUAUCCUUUUGAUAGUCCGAUUGGGUUAGCUGCUGGAUUUGAUCGGGACGCUGAAUGUAUGGAAGCAGUGGAACAGUUAGGAUUUGGAUUUAUGGAAGUUGGGAGUGUGUUUCCAUUACCUCAACGAGCUCACUAUUCAAAAACGUUUAGAACGCACUCUCAAGGAAACAACUCGAACCGGCCAGUAUUUGAUACUUUAAUUCAAACACACAGUGGAAGAGGGAAUAGCAAAGGAAUGGACUACAUUCAUGAUCAAUUACACGCAUAUCGAGAAAAACGAAACAAGUAUUCCAAUGGUUAUUUUAGGGUGGGUGUGAAUUUGGGUGGAACGAAUGUAGGCACCUCUCCAUCAUCAUCCAUGCAAAGUGUUGACGAUUAUGUGAAUGGAAUUAAGAAACUAUCGAAAUAUGCCGAUUAUAUGGUCAUUCAUGUGAACUCUCCUAUGGACCAGUGGUAUCAAGAUGAAAAUUCUAUGGAGGAAUUAUUGGAAAAAGCUUCUGCAGAGAUUCGUCAACAGUCCUUGUCAUGCUCACGACAAAUUCCACUCCUCGUGAAAAUUACUCCUGACUUGACCCUGAAUCAACAACAAGAGUUAGCCACUCUUGUAUUAAAACACAAAAUUGAUGGAAUUAUAGUUUCUAAUACGACAAGAAUAGAGAGGUCUUUUGUUUCACAAGCACAUUUACCAGAAUCUGUUUUAAAUCCAGAUUUGAAUAUGAUAGAAGUGAGUGGAAGGCCUCUCUUUUCCAAAUCAACAACAGUUCUUAAAAACAUGUAUAAACUAACCGAUGGGAAAGUCACCUUGAUUGGUGUGGGUGGGGUUUGGGAUGGCCAUGAUGCAUUACAAAAGAUUGAAGCAGGAGCUUCAUUGGUACAAGUAUAUACUUCUUUUACUGCUCAAGGUCCAGCAGUGAUAGGAAGAAUUAAGAGAGAGCUCUCGCAACUACUUAAAGAGAGAGGUUAUAAGAAUGUUUCGGAGGCUGUUGGAGCAAAGGCCAAGCUCUCUGAGUUGGACGAAUAA